GUGUGACCGCCGAUACACCGGCACGCCAGAAGAGGAAGCCAUCAAUCGGCGUUUGCCGUAAGUGUUUAACAUUUGGCUCUUGCCCCUUCCACGAAAGACAUGCCUGAGCUACCUGAAGUCGAAAGAGCGAAAAAUUUGAUCAACCGCGUCGCGAAGGGCAAGGUUAUCCAAAAGGUUGAGGCUGUCGAAGACACCAUCGUGUUCACUGGAACGACUUUCGAAGAAUUUACACCACGUCCAGCCCCGGAACCUGUGUUGAAUCGAGAUUGCACAGGCAAGGUCUUCUAUGUUGAUCUGUCUGGUCCUGGGAGAAUGCCUGUGCUCCACUUCGGAAUGACCGGCAUGCUGCAGGUGCAAGGAGAACUCGCUGAAUAUUACAGAGAAACUCCCAAGACAGCGUCAACUGACUGGCCGCCACGGUUUAUGAAGGCACGUCUAAACUCCACAUGGCAGGUUGUUGACGCAAUCUUUAAUGCUAGAAGGCUGGGCCGCAUCCGUCUUUGUAAAUCACCCCUUGAAGAGCCUCCAAUAUCGGAAUUGGGAUUCGACCCCAUUCUUUCUAUGCCACCGCUCGAAGAGUUCAGUGUUCUAGUUCUGAAGCGGACCUGUCCCAUCAAGGCACUGCUUUUGGACCAGUCUUUCAGCGCCGGUGUUGGCAAUUGGGUUGCGGACGAGAUUCUCUAUCACUCACGAAUUCAUCCGGAGCAACGUGCAAACACGCUGACCAACGGGCAGCUGGAAGCCUUGCACCAUCAGACGUCGCAUGUUUGCCUCACUGCAGUCGCCGUUGAUGCUGAUUCCAGCAAAUUUCCUGAAAACUGGCUCUUCACCCAUCGCUGGGGCAAGGGAAAGAAGACUCAACACAAUCUCAAGCUACCCACAGGCGGACCGGCUACCAUCAAAUGGAUUACAGUGGGUGGGCGAACAUCCGCUUUCGUGCUCGAGCUGCAGGAGCUCGCAGGACCUACGACCAGAACGCCCCGCAGAAAGCGGGAUGCCAAGGAAGAUGAAGGCGACCACCGCGAUCUGGUCGAGCCCGAGUGUGACGCAUCUCCUCCUAUCAAAAGACAAAAAGUAUGCUUCCUUCCCUCAUGGACCAUGUCUAACGUGAGAUUAGUCAUCGAGAAUCCAGAGCAAAAAUAA